GGUACACCAACAUGGGGUAUCCCAAGUGUACACCAAGCCAACACAGACAUACACAGACACAAAGUAUCUGUGUUGCACACAUAUUUUGUGUCUGUGUGUGUCGUUUGGUGUUGGUCUACCCGCCCAUAAAUAAAAGCCGCCUUCGGCAGAGUUUGUCUUCUUUUGGCGAUUGUUUCUCGAAUCUGGAAUCUAGGCUCAUCGGAAGAGCGCGCCGUGCUGGGGAUAAAGGAUUAGACGGUCUGAUGUAUGGGACUCGUGGUGAUUGGACACUUUCAGUUUGUCAGAACGGAAAAAAACGAAAGUGAGAGGACAAGAAAGUUGUCACUAGCACCCAGAAUAAGAGCACACCAAAGAUUAAUGACUUGCCUGAUGAUUUGCUUGUUGAUAUAAUAUCCCGCCUAAAACUCAAAGAUGCUGGUAGCACUAGUGCUAUCUCCCGUAGAUGGAGAUAUUUGUGGACACUUAUAUCCGGGAGUUUGAAAUUUGAUGCUUGGGACAGCGACACAUGCAGAUGGAUGGAUAAGAGGAAAGAGUUGGGAGGUUGGGUCAAUCGUGUGUUGGAAUUGCACAAGGCUCCUAGAGUGGAUAGCUUAAUCAUUUGUUCUCGGGGGCAUUGGAGGUUUCAAGAUGGUGAUGUCGAUAGGUGGACACGGUUUGCCAUGCGAAAGCAAGUAAAAGUGUUUGAAUUGAGUUUGGAAAGGCAUAGGCGUAGUUGUAAAUACGAGUUUCCUAGCAUGGAGAAGCGGUUAUUAUUGGGGCCCAAGUGUUCAUUUGUUAGCCUAAGAUCCCUCAAGUUGGCGCAUGUAAAUGUUGAGGAUGACAUGGUUCAUUAUUUAUUGGCAUCUUGUCCGGAUCUUGAGACCUUGUGGAUCGAGGACUCAGAUUGUACGAAGAAUCUCCGAGUUGUUGCACCAAAGUUGAAACAAUUGCAUCUACGUUGGUGCACGCAGAUCCAGAGGGUUGAGAUCUCCGCACCGAGUCUUGUAUCAUUUGCAUAUGCAGGACAUAAUGUAGAAAUACCUUAUUUGUUGAAGAGAGUUGCGAAUCUCACUGCGCUACAUCUGUGGGGGGGAGCUUCGUUCCCCUUUAUUUGUCAAGCUAACAAACACUCAAGUUAUUCGGUUCACUUGACAGAGCUGAACCUGGGUCUUAUUCUCACGUCGAAAAUGACACCAUUGCUAUUGGUGUCAUUUGCUUACACUAGUUUAUUCCCGGCACCUAUGGUGUCAUUUGCUCACACUAGUAGAAGAUUACUACUAGUAGUAUUUAUUUAAAAUUAAGCAGCGCCAUAAUGGCGCUUAUGUGUUUGCUGGGAAUAUACCACUGUUGGAUACAAAAAGAGCGCCUCAAUGUUGAGCUAAACUUCACUGUCUCAUGUUGUCACGGAUGGAUUAUGCAUGGCAUGACUAUCAGGAGAUACCAUUUCCUGAAGUGAGUGAAGCAGAGGUGGGUACAUUCAAUCAUGCGAAUCUUAGGUCGGUUCGAAUGGGAUCUUAUUGUGGGUCGUCAAGCGAAGACACGUUCCUUUUGAAAUUGCUGGAGAUGGCUCCAUCACUUGAGAUGGUGAUCAUUGACACAAAAUUGACAGAUUUUGUCCACCAAUUGAGACAUCUUAAGAAAAUGAAGUUGGCCACUACGAGGGAUGAAGCAAAGGAGCGAGCCAGCAAUCUCAAAUCCAACUUUCCACCGCACACACAGCUGCUUACAAUAUGAUGAUGUUGAUGGUCGGUUCUGUUGUAAGAUUAUUUUUGUGUUUAAUUUAUACACAGAGUAUAAUAUAAACAGCGCGCUCCGACGUGGCUAAUAAUUUACUGUAAUUUUU